CGGGUUACAUACGGCCCGCGGAGCCACCCCGCCUAUAAGAGCGCGGUGCGGGACGGAGCCGCCCAAGCCGCCGCCUGCAGCAGCAGCAGAAGGAGCAACUCUGACUGUAUUGUGGGGACUUUUGCUGGACUUCAGUAGUAUUGGGAAUCGGCUACAGCUCCUGCUUGCCAGACAGUCACAGCUCUUGAGGGCUUCCUUUCUCCAGGCUCCUGGAGGUGCAGGAUGACUCUUUUCGAUGGCAUCUACCCCUUCUACCCGCAGCAGAGGAAGGCUGCUGGGUUUGACAUCAGCACCAUCAUAGUCAUCGUGGUUUUCCUGGCGCUGGCUUGCAGCUUCCUGCUCAUCAUCCCAGGCAUCCGUGGACGGGCGAGGUUGUACUGGACUCUCCGUGUUCUCCUCAGCCUCUUCGUGGGAUUGGUGAUUGUGGUUGUCCAAUUCACAGGGGACUGGGAGACUGGCUGGGUGCAGGCAAACACCUCCUACAAGUCCUUCAGCCCUGUCCAGGUGAACGUGGACGUUGGGCUGCACAUCGGCCUGGCAGGGGUGAACGUCACGCUCAAGGGAAACCCAGUGAACCAGAUCAACGAGACCAUCAACUACAAUGAGCACUUUCCUUGGAACUUUGGAGCGGAUUAUGACCACAGCUACAGCAAGGGGCUGGAGAAGGGGCUGCCCAGCCCCAUCCUCUAUGUGGCAGAGAAGUUCAGCACGCAGAGCCCGUGUGCUGUGCACAGGCAGUACCGCAUCGCUGGCCAUUAUGCAUCAGCCAUGCUCUGGGUAGCCUUUUGCACAUGGAUCAUCUCCAACAUUCUCUUUUCCAUGCCUGUCCUCGUUUAUGGAGGAUAUAUGUUCCUGGUCACAGGGGCCUUCGUGAUCUUCUCACUGCUCUCAUUUUCCACCGUGAGGAACUCCCCAAUGUGCGUGAUCCAGAUUGGGACCAGGACCCUGCAUGUGGCCUAUGGAGGAUCUUUCUGGCUCGUGCUAGCAAUUGGCCUGCUCUGUUUUGUGUUUGGAAUCAUCAUUGUGGCAAUGCAUCACCUCAAUUUGGACCUGUUGAAAACUUUCUUUGAUCUCCGUGAGGACAAAGCAGAGGAGUACCAGGAAAUGCCUGAGGUGGUCAUCAACCCCAGUUUCAUGAACAACGACCUGUCUCCUUCUCAGCCCUCUGAAAUCAACAGCAUCUAGAAGAAAGUCCUCACUCUCUCCCUGAAGAUGGACCCAAAAGAGCAGAACACAUUCUUCUUGAUGCCCCCAGAGACGCAUUCCCCAUCCAACUGCCUUUGAAGUCCGCACUGGGAUAGGUCCUUGCUGGGAAGCACUUUCAGAGACUGUGUCUCCCUGACAGUGCCCUCUGGAAGGGGCAGGCUGUGCUGGUAGGCUCACAGCUCCAGAGACCUGAGCUGCACACUCACCUGGGGAUCCCUGACCCAGGAGGAAUGCCCUUGCUGCUCCAUGCCCUGCCCCAUGCAGGGAUUCUCCACUGGUCUGUUCCCACGGAAACUGAGAAACAGCUCGUGGGUGACAUUUCUCCCGGGGAGCACCUGCUGCUCCAAAAGCCUGCCAUUAAACCUGUUAAAUUAUUUCCCAAACAUGCCAUUUUGUAGUUUAGGAAAGCCAGGCAUGGAUCCAACUUCUGCAGCCUUGAUGCUGCAGGAGCUGGAAUAAAAAAAAGCUGCUCCACACUGAGUAAAUGUACCAUGGAGUUAGCUGUGGCAGAUGUGGUGAUGUGAUACUUUUCAUAUGCAAAUUUGGCCUUUAUUAGACAAAACUUGUAGCCUAAUGUGAAACAAAAAGGUGCCAUAGGAGAGGGAGUGAGGAAUGAAGUUAUCCUUGUCCAGCUGGAGCACACUUUGGCUGGGCAGUGGGGGAGGGAGGGCAAUCUGUCCCUCUGCUUCACUCAGGUGAGACCCACCUGCAGAGCUGCCUCUGGAGAAGGACAUGGAGCUGUUGGGAUGAGUCCAAAGGAGGUCAUAGAGAUGCUCUGAGGGCUGGAGCCCCUCUGCUCUGGAGGCAGAGAGAGAGAGCUGGGAGUGUUCACCUGGAGAAGAAAAGGUUCCAGGGAAACCUUACAGCCCUUUCCAGAGAAUAAAGGGGCUCCAAGAGAUCAGGAGAGGGACUUGGGACGAGGUCUCAUGUGACACAAUGAGGAAGAAUAACUUCUGGCUUCCAGAGGGCAGGGUUAGAUGGGAUAUUGGGAAAGAAUUCACCCUGUGUGGGUAGUGAGACCCUGGCACAGGUUAACCAGAGAAGCUGUGGCUGCCCCAUCCCUGGAUGUUCCAGGACAGGUUGGAUGGGGCAUGGAUCAGUCUGGGAUAGUGAAGGUGUCCCUGUGCAUGGUGGGGGAUGGAACAAGAUGAACCUUAAGGCCCCUUCCAACCCAAACUAUUCUGGGAUUCUAUAACUGAAUGCUGGAAACCUGGGCACUUUAAUUCCAAUUAAUUAUAAAGUACAUAAUUUCAGUAUUUUUACUUUUUUUUUCUGAGAUCCUUGCUGAGAAGUUACUUAUUUCUGUCAGAUAAAUACUUUUGUGUCACUAAUGUGGUUUGCUCUGUGCAGGAAUUAUUUUCAAUAAAAGUUUAC